AUGGAGUCCCUCCGGACGAAACGAGAAGCCCCUGGCAAGGGCAGGCAGCCUACAGCCCGACUGGCCAAGCCAAACGGGGCGAAUGCUACCCCCAGACGCGAUGCGCGCAAAUCCAGAGUCGACGACAAAAUCCGCAAACGCAUGUCGAUGCGAUAUGCUGAUAUUUCUGGCCCGGCCGACCUCGCUAUGCCCCCCAUCCCAGCAAUACCCACAAUGCCCACGAGAACAACCCCUGGCAAAGAGCAAGAUGAAGUCGUCAUGAAACGAACUGGUCGCGAAGACAGGAGAGAGGAUGACAAGAAACUCUUCGACCAGGACGACUUCGAUCCAGACGCGUUUCUCAAGCUUAAACUCGCGAACUCGACCGAAUACGAGAUCAAAUCACUGCAGUCUUCCCUCCGCAACGCCCAAGAUGACACCUCUUCAGAGCUUCAGCGUAAUGUCUUCAAAAACUACGCGGAGUUUGUCCUCAUUUCCAAGGAAAUAUCGACCCUGGAGAAUGAGAUGCUUGAGCUGAAAGAGUCGCUUUCAGAAUACAAGUCCAUGCCGUCCCUCCUUCACAUUCCUGAUCCUACCUCGACAUCUUCCUCUGGUCUUUCCUCCUAUCGUCGCUCGUCCGUGGCCGAUCUGCGUAUCAUGUACUUCAACCAAAUGCAGACAUUACAUUCUCAAAUCGAAGGCUCUGCAAAGUUUGCUCCAACUACACCUGGCAGGCAUGUCGUUGCGGAGAUUGAAGGUGUCAUUGCACUGAACGCUGCUACCUAUAAGCCCACCGGCAAGGCCAAAUUUGUUGUGCUUGACGAUGCGGUUCUAGUGGCUCGAAGGCGCAGACGAGCUGGCGCUUCUGAAGGUCGGAGUGGCGGCUCGAACGAAGGAAAGCUUGUGGCAGAACGCUGUUGGCCCUUGAAUGAGAUGCUUGUUCUUGACACAAAGGAUUCACCGAGCAUGACCAACGUCUUCAAGAUUCGACACGGAAAGGAGACACACGUCUAUCGAACAGAGACUCCAAGCGAGAAGAAGUCGCUUUUAUCGCAGUUCCGUCAAGUCGCAGAGGAACUUUCAGCCAAAAAGCGGAAGGAACGUGAAGGGGAGCAUGAGCGGAGGAAGAGUUUAUGGGUUGGUGGUACUGGGGGAGGAGAUGGUAAUUCAAACCUUCCACCAAUGCCUGACUGGAUGUCGGAUUUGGCGCGGAAAAUGGGUGACCCUGAUACAGCAAAUUCGGAUGCCAAAGAAAAGGCUGAACGGGAUGCCCGGUGGACGAGUGAAUGGGCUGAUGAGUUGACUGUUGCUAUCGCUCUAAGGGAGUGGGACCGGGCAACAGAUCUCGUUGAGCAGGGCCGUGCCAAGGUCAACACUACGCCUCCAGUGGCUGCUAAACUCCCCGUAUUAACUGGCCAAUUAACCAACUCGCUUCUGCAAUCGCUUUCCCAGACCGCCAACCGCAAAAGCACCGUCAUCCUCAUCAUUUCUCUUCUCCUUCGUCUCAACGCUGGCCCGGCGGCUCGCACAACCUUCCUUAACAUGCGCAGUCAGGUCAUGCGGAAUCACGUCCGCAAGAUUCGCUUUGAGGGCCACAUUGGCGCAUAUAUUGGGGACCUCUCGAUUGUCUUUUUCACGGGCAUCAAGAACACUGCAGAUUGGUACCUGAAUAGUUUCAAGGACAACGAGGGGACUAGUGCAUUCAUCGACUGGGCAAAGAAACAAAUUGAGGAUUAUGGCGAGCUGUUCAGACGUCAGGUCUACAGCGUUGAUGUUGACCGGAAAGUUGUGGAUGAGGCUUUGAUGAUCACCCGUGCUCAAAGUAAGAAGCUUCUCCAAGACUACGGUCUGGAUUUUCGUUUCUUGUUCAGCGAUGUCCUUUCGGAAAAUCCGAAGAACAACGUCACCGUCCCACCCAACUUCACUCUCAAAGGCCACCAAGUUGCCAAACCCCCCAGACACACGCCGGCCGCCCUGAACCUCUCCAUUGCGAGCAGCACGAGCGUGAGCAGCACACUUCUGACUGCUCCGUUGGCAUCUUCUUCGUCUACAUCGUCGUUCAGCAAUUCUACCGCCACCCCGAUCCAGCCCUCUGCCUCUCGUGAACAACUCCCCACACGUGAAGCCCCUCCACGUGACACGCCCUCUCGAAGCAACAACCGUGUUCUACCAACUCCAGCCCCCCUUACCAUCCAGCCUGAUCUGCCAUCCCCACUCGUCUCUCCUUCUCCUCGGCGUACUCGGUCGCCUCCCCCGAGCGCGGGAUACUUACCUCGCACGACAACACCAGGCCUGAUGGGAGCACGUGAGCGACCGCCUCGGUCUGGUCGACCCGCUGGCAUCACGUCGCCGCCGCCUGUGACGCCGACUGGGCCUCCCCCCAGGAGUGCAAACAGACCGGGGAGUGCGAUCAGUCGACCACCAGUUGCAUUACCUCAGCGCGAGGGCAUGUUUUGA